ACUUUUUAAAAAUAUCUGAGAUGAAAUAUUUUUUGUGAUGACUACGUCUAUUGGGAACCUCGCACUCGUUUGGGAUGAUCUUAAGAGUGGCAUAGAUGAUAUAUUCAAGCUAAAAACUCUCAAGAAAGCUAGAUAUAUGCGAUUAUACACCCAUGUGUAUAAUUAUUGCACAUUUGUUGAUCACCGGCCACAAGCUAGCGGGAGAACUGAUCAAAGCACCGGUGGAGGGAAAGUGGUUGGUUUAGAACUAUACAGAAAGCUACGGGAUUAUCUCAGAGCACAUGUCUAUUCUUUGAAGCUGGUAAGUGUGUGAAGAUGAAUGUUAUUUUCCUAGAAAGGAGAUAAUCUCAAUGGAGAAGAGAUGCUGUCAUAUUUCGAGAAGACGUGGACGGACUUCCGCUUCGCUGCCACGGUCCUUGAUGGGACCUGUUCCUAUCUCAGCAGAAACUGGGUAAAGAGAGAGCAGGAUGAGGGGAGGAAACAUGUGUAUGAAAUCUAUGAGUUGGCUCUUAUUACCUGGCGGGAGCAGCUUUUGAAGCCCCAUGCUCGCGUCCUGAUUAGUUCAAUCCUUCGAGAAAUAGACCGGGAACGUCGUGGAGAGGUGUUGCUUACUUUACGCUUGAGAAAAAUUAUCGAGUGUUUGGUAGAACUUGGGAUCAAAUCCGACACUCAUCCUCACCCAUCCCCCAGUGGUGGCAGCCAACCUUCAACUGAACAUCUGCCUGGCUUGAUGGGCGCCACUUCUCGAUCCCCCCUGAGUUCUGCUGCAGGACCAGCCCACAGCCAAGAGUGGCCUUCCGCUUCUAGUCUUAAUCCACGUGAGAACGUGCCUUGUCGAACCCCUUUACACGGUGCCGGACCUACAACAGCUCCCUUAUCUUCCACUGAUACUACUUCCCAAGCGUCAGCUACAUUAUCUUCAGAUGUUCGUUUAUACGUUUACCAAGACUACUUCGAGCGUAACUUCUUGGCUGAAACAGAGCGCUAUUAUCAAUUGGAAAGCGUCCAAUUUUUGCAAUCGAAUCCUGUACCUGAGUAUCUGCAAAAAGUGGAAAUGCGGUUAAACGAAGAACGAGCCCGUGUACAGGCAUAUCUACAUGUCAGUACACUUCCAAAACUAAUCCGGUCCUGCGAAAACCAUCUACUGCGCGACCACAUUGAUCGCCUUACUUCGGAGUUUGUCAGUUUACUCAAUGAGGAUCGGGAGGAAGACAUUUGGCGUAUGUAUAAGUUGGUGGGUCAUUUCCCCAACGGAAUGCGGGCUUUGGUUUCAAUGGUUGAAGAUCACGUCGAAGAGAAAGGCUGUGAAGCGCUGCGCCAAGUUGCUAAGUCCGCUCUGACAGAUCCCAAACUUUACAUCGAUACGAUUCUUCAAAUCCAUCGAAAGAACUAUAAUCUCGUCUUGUCUGCGUUCGCCUGUGAUCCCGCGUUCACCAGAGCUCUUGACAAGGGUUGUGAAAGGUUUAUCAACCGUAACGCGGUAACCGAAUUGGCCGGAAGCCCGAGGAAGUCCCCCGAACUGCUUGCCAAGUAUUCCGAUUUCUUGUUGAAGAAGAGCCCUAAGGAUAUGCAAAUUGACGACCUGGAGGAAGCGCUUGGACAAGUAAUGACUGUCUUCAAGUAUAUUGAAGACAAAGAUGUUUUUCAAAAGUUUUACAGUAAGACGCUGGCGCGUCGUUUGGUGUACAACCAGUCAAUCUCUGAGGAUGCUGAGGCGUCGAUGAUCUCGAAGCUAAAAGAAGCGUGUGGCUUUGAGUACACAGCAAAACUUCAACGGAUGUUCCAGGAUGUCAAUGCUACUCGUGAACUGAAUGCUAAAUUUGCCAACUUUGUACAAACUCGCGAAACUUCCCCCGGUGGGCUCCUGAAAGGAGUCGAUUUCAACAUAAUGAUCCUCAGUUCCAACGCAUGGCCUUACCAAGCGCAGACACCUUUUUCUAUACCACCUGAGGUUUCAACUUACCAAAUGUCCAUACUCAUGCUGUACAAUUCAUCCCUGGUUCAUUCGGUGAAUAGUCUGCAGUCACAGACUUCGAUCGAACUACCCACCCUACUGCAAAUUCUCCAGAUACUCCUCAAGGCGAAAGUACUGCGAAUUGUGAAUGAGAACGAAGCAACCCGACUGUCCACACCACGGCCGGAUCCCACGUCCAGCUCGACAUCGGGCAACGUCGAUGACACACCAGAAGUUCAGCUAUCGGGUGAAACACAUUUGGCACUCUACACCGACUAUAAAAAAAUUGCUGAAUUCUGUUCUCCUCCUUCCCACAAUAGCAAACGGGUUCGCGUUUACUUGAAUGUCCCACUGAAGAGUGAGACCAAACAAGAAACAGAACAGACACUGGGUAAUGUGGAUUUGGAUCGAAAAUUGUUUGUCCAGGUAUUUUCUAGAUUCCCUUCUGUAUACAACGCGUUGACGCUUCAUUUGGUCGAAGUCAGUCCUGCAAUGCGUUCGCUACAACAAGAUUCCAUUGGGAAAACAGUCGAGAAACUGGGUUUGCCUGCACCGUCAACCGUGUGGCACACAGACUUUCGAGAUGUUCCCCAUGGGCAACCAGCUUUUAUCUUGGCCCAUGAAUUUUUGGAUGCUCUGCCUGUUCACCAGUUCCAAAAGGAUCCUAAUGGCCAGUGGCAUGAAGUUCUAGUUGGUUUAUCCGAAGAAGACAGCGGAGAAAGUAAACUCUGUUUCGUUCAAGCACCAAACAGGACACCUGCUCAGGUCGCCUAUCUACCACUUGUUGCCACUCUGCUGGAAGGGCGCGAAUUUUGUGAACUCUCUCCCCGGGCGCUUCUACUAACCGACGAGAUUUGUCAACGGAUCGCACAGGACGGUGGUGCAGCAUUGCUUGUUGACUACGGUCAUUUGGGUGACAAGAAGAACACGUUUCGUGGCUUCAGAAAGCACCAAGUUUGUGAUCCGCUGCUAGAUCCGGGAGGUAUUGAUCUAACUUGCGACGUGGAUUUCUCAUUCAUACGGAAAAGAGCCCAUGAUUCUGGUUGCGCAGUGGAUGUCUUUGGACCGGAAUCUCAGGCCUUUUUUCUGAUCAACAUGGGUCUACUUACCCGGUUAAAAGUCCUUGCUUCUCAGUGUAACUCAGCAGCGCAUCGUGAAGAGCUCAUUUCUGGAUGCGAAAUGUUGAUUACUGGAGAACAAAUGGGUGAACGGUUUAAAUUCCUGGCCAUUGUUCAAAAACCUCAUAACAAUGCUGGACGUCAGCUACCAGGCUUUUUCGCCCUUCCCGGAACCCCGUACGCCGAAUAGAGGUUGUGCUGACUUCUGCCUUGCAACAGUUUUGUAAAUCUUUUUAAAAUGCAAGCGCCUUCAUUCCUGUGUUCGAC